GGUUUUGCAUUGAUUUAAGAUUUACUAAAAAGGCAAAGAAAGCAAAGAGUUAAAAGGGGUUCUUUUUGAAAGAUGAUGAAUUAAUUAGGCAGAAGCUUAUUAUAGUGAUGGAGAAAACCAAAAUGUAAAAUUUUUUAAAGCAUUUUCUUAAUUUGGCACCAACAAAUCACAGCAGUUGAAUUCAACGGUCAGUCCUUUUCUCGGAAAUUAAGUACUUUCCAUUUCCUCCUUUUUCCUUUCAUUUUCUUCCUUGUUCUUCCUCUCUCCUUCCCUCCCUCCCUCCUCAUCAUUGCCAAUCUCAAUUCUCCAUAAGGUGGGGCUAUUGCUGACUUGAUUGAUUGUUUCUUUAUGGCGUAAUCGUAGCUUGCCGCAUUGAAUUGGGGAUGGGAUUGUCAGCUUUGUAUUGCAAGGUUAAGAACUACUUUAUGCAUCAAUUAAGGCUUUUGAUGUUCAUCCAGUUAUGAACCUUGUGGUAUCCUAGAGCAAUUGUUGUGGCAAUGGCUACAAACAGUACUUCACACCUUAAAAGGAAUUUGAAGGGCUUUACAUCGGCCCUAAAAUCUGCUGCUUGUGAAUGUUUUCUGAUUGUUCUGCUGUUCUUUUAUGCUGCCUUCUCGUACCUGCUGACAAGAUUUGCACAUUACUGUGGAUUGCAAGCUCCUUGCAUUUUAUGCUCUCGGCUUGAUCAUGUUUUCAGAAAUGAAAAACCUGGAUACUAUUGGAAUCUAUUUUGCAGCAACCAUAGAUCAGAAGUUUCAUCGUUGGUUUCCUGCAACAUUCAUGGCAAGCUGGUUGAUGGUCGUGGUAUGUGUGACAAUUGUCUCUCAUCAGACGUUGAGGAAAACAAAUCCAACUCAGAUAUACAGAGGGUUUCCUUAGAAAAUUUGGGGUUUGAACCUGCAUGUUUUGGAAAUUGUGAUUCCCAGAGCUCGUUUUUCAACAGGGAUCUUUCCCCUGCUUCUAAAAGUACUAGGUUUUGUUUAUGUUGUGAUAAGCCAUGGACUCCAAGACCGAAUGCCCAAGGAUUACCCCCCCUAAAAUCACGUGGCGUUGCGGUUGCAAAGGCAAACUUUUAUUUGUCACGCCGCUUAAGACAUCGAAAUGGUCCGAAGAAGUCAAAGGAUAAGUUUUCUGCUCCAGCAUUGACUCAUAUAGGAAACACUGGAAUUGAUACAUCGCCUCAUGCAGGAUUCACUGAGCUGAAGAUCACUUCUGAAUCGGAGUCUGAGAUUCCAUUUUCUGAUGAUGAGGUUAGCAAUUGUAUGGUUCUUGAUAUGAACGAGAGUAAGAAAGAAUCUCUAGUUCACUCUGCUCCGGAAACUCCAUCUAAAAGACUGUACAACAAUUUGGUUAAAAGGAAACAGCCUGAUUCUAGUGAGCCUCAUGAUUUUAGAUAUUUUUAUCCCAAUGUCCAUAGUGAGAAUUAUGUCUGUGACCGUAAAGGACAGCUGGCCGAUAAGAAAACCAAUUCUUCAGUUUUGCCGGAGCUUAUUUCUCUAGAUGAUAUUCCUGCAUCAUCCUGCCUUGUGGGAGUUCCAAGUUAUAGUGCUUCGUUACUGUCUGAUCUUAUUUCUCUAGUUGAUAAGCCCCCUUCAGUUAAUGUUAUGGAAACUCCUCUUGAAGCAUCAUCGCGAAAGCAUGUUACUGGUGCAAGUAAAAAUGAAAAUAUUUCUAUCAACAAGACCGACAAAAGCUUGAAGUCGAUAAGCACAUCAGCUGGAGCUGGUUUCGAAACUGAUCAAGUUGUGGAUGAUACUGCUGUGGUACAUUCUGCGCAUGAGGAUCUAAAUGCUGUGAAUACAUCACCAGUUUAUGGUGAAGAAAAAGGUGCCUCUGUGUUUGUUACGGAAGAACCAAUGCUGAGAUAUAAUAAGGGUGUUAGCAAAUAUCCAUCAUUGUCGGUUCAGAAUUCUUCUGGAGAAGGGAUUGAUUUAUCAUUUAACAAUGUAGGUUCUGAGUUCCCAGAUGACGACGACGACUUUGAGACAACUGAUGAAUCCAAUCCUUAUGGGGUUCAGAGUUUUGAUAAUCUAUUUUCUGCGGAAAGAAGUGAAUUUGGUAGCUUUGGAGUUAACGAAGAUCAGUCAUUGGCAGUUCAGAAUUCUUCUGAAGAAGGGAUUCAUUUAAGUCCUGAGUUACAAGGUCAUAGUGAUGACUUUGAGACAACUAAUGAAUCCGAUCCGUAUGGGGUUCAGAGUUUUGAUAACCUACUCUAUACAGAAAGGAGUGAAUUUGAUAUCCUUGGACCUUUGAAUGAAAGCACUUUCAGUGAAAUUGAAGGUGAAGAUCCAGUCGAUAGGCUGAAGCGGCAAGUUGAGCAUUAUCAGAAGUGCAUGGAUGGAUUAUAUAAGGAAUUGGAGGAAGAAAGAAAUGCCUCCGCAAUAGCUGCUAAUCAGGCAAUGGCUAUGAUUACAAGGUUGCAAGAAGAGAAGUCAAACCUCCAGAUGGAGGGCCUGCAUUACCUAAGGAUGAUGGAAGAGCAGGCAGAAUACGAUGGAGAUGCCCUGGAUAAAGCCAAUGAUCUUCUGGCAGAAAGGGAGAAAGAACUACAAGAUCUGGAAGCAGAGCUUGAAUUUUACAGAUUAAACUUCACAGAUGAAACACAGAUAGAGAAUUUAACUGGGGCAAGCAUCAACUUAAGCAACGGGCAUGUUUCUACCAAGACUACGAGCACAUUUUCCGUAAAAGAUGAUCUGAAAUUUCCCUCGAACACAAUGUUUCCCGACAGUGAUAAUCCAGUAGCCAAAUCUGCAUGGUCAGAAUUCGAGGAUGAGAAGUUGUACAUUUCUGAACGUCUACGAGAUUUGGAGAGGAAAGCUAGCAAGUUUGCUCGUCAUGGUACUUUGCCACACAUUUCCGAUAGGGAAAGCUUGGAUGAAGCAGCAAAUGGAGGCCAACAUCAGCAAGAGUCCCUUGAUGAAAGUGCUCCUUCGCAAGAAUUGUCAAAUACUUCAGUAAGUGAAGAUCAAGUGGUUAGUAAGGGAAACAGUCAUAUGGUUUCCAAUGGGCAGAAGGGUUCUGAGAAUUGUAAUGAAACUGGUUUGGCCAGUGUUGAAAAUGAAAUUUCUGACCUUAACGAGAAGCUGGAAGCACUUGUGGCUGACUAUAAAUUUCUUGAGAAUUCUCUAAAAUCUCUUCAAAUUGGAAAUGAAGGUUUACUUCUUAUUCAAGAGAUACUUCAUGAGUUACGAGAAUUGAGGAAACUGGGGAUAAGGAGGAGGAACAUGUCUGCGUCAUGAGCAUUAUGUUUAUCAUUACAUGGUGCAGUCAGAUUGAGGGUAAACUGAGCACCAUGAAGUUUGAUUCAAGAGUUGCAGGAUCUCAGCUUGCCACGAAAUUGUGAAUAACCAAGAUCGGUUUUACAUGCUAGUCACCUAUGUUAUCCCCACUCUUUAUUUAUUUUAAAGUAUCCGUAUCCGACAUUUGUAUUUGAUAUAUAUUCGGGCAUGGAUAUGAGGUUUGGUCCUACAAUGAACAAAAAAAUUAGAAAGUUGAGCUUACUCCCAUGUCCGACUAAGAGUAAUAUUGGUAGGUGGGAGUAGAAGUGUAAAAGUAAUUUUUUUUUUUAUUGCUUCGGCAAGGGUUACAUUUGUGGUAUUUUUUUGAAGCAGUGUGAAUAGGUUUCAAAGCGGGUGAUUUUUUGGUCUCA